GGCACUCGUCUCCUGGCUGGCUGCUCGUCUCCCUGCUGCUCGAGAUCCGCUUCUUGCUGCGACACUGCCUCGCCAUCCUUCUGCACCAAUGCCCCGUCUCUUCUCGCUCCUCAUAUGGGUUUCCCUGUGCUGGUUCGCGCUUGCCGCGGCCGCCUCCCGCUCUGGCCCCGUCCCCUCAAACCUCUUCCCAGACUCCAAAGUGGUCCAGGUCGAUGACAGCUCCCUGGAUGAUUUGCUCACUUCCGGGGAGUGGCUCGUGGAAUUUUACGCCCCAUGGUGUCUCUACUGCAAGCAGGUCUCGAGUGAAUUUGAAAUUGCUGCGGAGGAAGCCGAGUCUCGAUUCCCCAACCUCCGAAUCGCCCGCGUCAACAUCGACAAUAGUCCUCGUGCCACUGUCCGCUUCCAGCUCUCCAGGUUGCCAUCUUAUUACUAUAUUUCGGACAAAUCAGUGCGAUAUGUGGAGUUCAAGCCCCGCGCAUCGGAAAUCCUUGAAUUCCUGGAAGCUGAAGAAUGGAAAUCGAUCGAGCCUUAUUCAGAAAUUUUCGCGCCGUUCUCGCCAGUGAUGCAGAUUGUGGGAUAUGUUGGUAGCUUUGGAUCGUACCUUGUCGUCGGCUUCAACAGCAUUACCAAGGUUGUCCCUGCCUGGGUUGUGGUCUCGGGCUUGGCUUUCUCGGUCUUCUCGUUCCUCUCCUUGGGCGCACAGGCUGCAUCUCGAAAAGCCAAGUCAGCUUAGAUGAUAUAGAUGGGAUGUGCCAAUGUAUACCGGGUUUGUUGAACUGGAUAGUCUACCACUUACAGAAAGAAACGGGGAAGCCUGUAUCGAGCCAGGAUAGUUGAUUUUUCUGGAACCUGAAUACACCCACCCACUCAUCGCA